AUGGCCUCUUUCUCGCUGCCGACGAUCCACGACAGCCCAGACGGCGGGUGGGGUCCGUCCACGUCGAACCUGCCCGAGAACUUCAAAUUCAAGGAUAUACCCUAUGCGCCGUACUCGAAGACGGACAAGCUCGGCCGGUUCGCGGACUGGAACGACAUCGCCGGGGACAAUCGCCAGGGCCUGAACGCGAACCAGAACCAGCGCACGGGCGGCCGCAACCGGCGCGAGGGCACCCAGGCCUUUGGGAGCGGCGCGCCCAGUGCGUUCGCCUUCCAGGUCGAGGACGAGUCCAGCUUCUCCCUCGUCGACAACAAAACGAGCCAGCCCCGUCGCGGUGGCCCCUUCGCACGUGGACGCGGGACAGGCCGCGGCGGCGCGGCGUACAGCGCGCGCCAGCCUCAGCGCAACCAGCGCGGUGGUUUCAACAACGCCCGGGGCGGAGGCAACCAGCGCGGCGGCGCCAAGCGCGGCUGGCGUGACUGGGAGAAGAACAACCGUACGCGCGAGUCCUCGGUCGCUAUCGACCCAACCUGGCAGAUGCUCGAGGAGAUCGAGUUCCAUCGCCUUGCCAAGCUCCGUCUCGAGGUCGACGAGCCCGAGAACGUUGGUUCUUUCGGUCGCUUGUACCCGUACAACAAGCAGUACGAUCGAGUCACCACAAAGUCAGAGCGCCCUCUCGUACCUUUGGAUCGCAUCAAGUACAAUACCACCACCUCAGACGACCCCGUCAUCCAAUCGCUUGCAUCCGCCGAUGUUGCUCAGGUCUACGCUACAGACGCCAUCCUCAGUGUCCUCAUGACCGCACCCCGAACGGUCAACCCAUGGGACAUUGUCAUCGUUCGCGAGGGUAACAAGCUCUUUUUCGACAAGCGCGACGGCGGCCCCUUCGACACCGUCACCGUAAAUGAGAAUGCCGCAGACCCGCCACAAGACCCUCAACCUCCGAACCCGAACAACCCGACCGAGAAACCCGUGGAAGUGGCGUCUAUCAACUCCGCAACGUCCCUCUCCCUCGAGGCCACCUACAUCAACCAAAACUUUGCCUCUCAGACCGUAUCGGAGAACCCGCCUCCGCCUGCCAUCGACCUCGAGAAACCCAACCCCUUCUAUGGCCCGGAUGAGACGGAGCCGCUUGCGUCAUGCGGAUAUCGCUACCGUGUUUGGGACAUGGGCGUCACGGAGGACGAGGAGAUGAGGAUUUGUAUCCGUACCGAGGUCGACGCGUACAUGCCUGGUGCGAACGCGCAGUCAGGACAGGGUCUCACCACCAUCCGCGCUCUGAACGAGUUCGACCCCCGUGCGCCGGGUGCCGGCGGUGCACCGGACUGGCGCCUCAAACUCGACUCGCAGCGCGGUGCUGUCGUCGCCACUGAGAUGAAGAACAACAGCGCCAAGCUGUCCAAGUGGACUGUCCAGAGUAUCCUCGCAGGCGCUGAGCAGCUCAAGAUCGGAUAUGUGACGCGCGCGAACCCGCGCGACAACACGCGCCACACCAUUCUCAGCACGACGUCCGUACGCCCAACAGACUUUGCUGCACAGCUUAACGUCUCGCUGGCCAAUGGUUGGGGCAUCGUGCGCACGGUCACCGAUCUGUGCAUGAAGAUGCCAGAGGGCAAGUACGUCCUGAUCAAGGACCCGAACAAGCCUGUCAUCCGCCUCUACGCUGUGCCACUCAAUGCGUUCACGGGAGAUGAUGAAGACGAGGAUCUCGAAGGGUCCGAUCUCGGCGAGGAGUAA